GGAGGCCUAGACUGCACAGACUUGAGAUAUUGGGGGCCACCUCAGAUCCAGGAGCUGCAGCGAUCAGACCCCCAUAUCAGCUUCUGACGUCUUGGAGGCGUCACCCAUGGGACCCCGUUUAUUAAAAAGUCCCACAUAGAACUUAACCAUGGCCAAAGAAGUUUCCUUCCAAGACCUGACAACCGACAACGGGCCCACGAGGUGGAAGGAGCGGGACCUGUCCCAGACCUGGUUCUUCAAGGUAGCCUGCAGGACAUUCGGCCCCCCAAAGUCCAGGACACGCCGGAUCAUUGCUCCCCCCAUGGAAAAACUAGAGUCGGGGGCAGAGGAACUGAGCGGAGAGACGUCUGCCGCCUCCAGGAACGUCUUCAAGUCACAAGACGAUCGGACGAGACGGACAGAAGAGCCGAGUCACGCCGGGAGAAGCAUCGCAGAUUGGAUAUCGGAGAGGAAGAAGUUGAGGAACCAAUUGGACAACAUGGGGGAUGUGGAAAGAUGGCUGCGAGGAAAACCGGAGCUGACGGAUCUAGAGAGACGUGUACGGGACAAGAUGGCGGAGGGGACACAGGCGGGGGGCCCGAUGUCCCCAGGAAAUACUCAAGACAUGGAUGAAGAACGCAGCGUGUCAAAGAGCGCACAGCGCCGAGUGAUCACCCCCAUCAUCCAGCAACCCAGUCCUGAAGCCCUUGCCAUACUGGACUACUACCUGAACCAGCGACGACUGCGCCUCGUAGACCUUUAUAACCAGACAGACAAAAGCAAGAAGAAGGAAAUCUCCAGCCAGGACCUGAAGUCUGUGAGGAAAGAGGCUAAGAUACCUAUCAGUGACAUGCAGUUUGAUGAUUUGGUCGUCUCACUUGGCAGCAAAAAUCCAAAUCGCAUUAACUACAAAGAGCUUUCAGUGGGACGACAUUUAUGGUGGAAGAAGACAAGAGACGAGCGGAAGAAUGGUGCGUCAGUCGACUCAGCUGCUGUAAGAUGCCUCCUGCCGCCCGGUGAUGUCCAUCCUGAGCCGUCUCCUUCUGAAACUCUCGAUAGCUUGAUGGAUUCCAAAUGGAGAUCUCGUCAAGUCAACAGCGUACAGAGUGACAGUAGCAAAUCGCGGUUCUUACAGGUGCCCCCCGUCAGUCUGGACGAGAUGAGACCCCUCAGCUACGAGGACAUGGAGGAGAUUGGAAAGAAUUACAGGGAAAGAAGGCGAAGAGCACAGAGUAACACCCGUCUGUUAGAAUGGCUGGAGCAGUGCCGCCUGGUGCGCACCGGUAAUGCCGCGGUAGAUGCCCAUGCCCUGCCCUCUACGCUGGGAGAGGAGGUAGCGGAGCUGGUGGAGCAGUUCAGAAGACAGGGCCUGCAGCAAUACCACAAGAUCUUAAAACUGUGCCAAACCUAUGGGGUGCCCCUGACUGAGACGCUGCUGGAACGAGCUUUAUUGUAUCCCGGGGACAAGCUGGUCUGUGAGUCAGAAGAACAUCUGCAGCUCCGCCAGCCCGGGACAGCGCUCAGGUCCAAGGAUGACGGGGUGAAUAAUGGAGGGACAUCUUCUCCGGAGGUGACAAGAACCGUGAAGAAGUGGAAGAAUUCUUCAGGAACUUACAGCGGCCCCUAUCCCCCCGAGAAAUAUGUCAAGAGGGUGAAGAGAAAGGUCAGAGGCAAGAAGAGCGAUAGGAGGGAGACAGUGGAGUGCUGGACAACAUUUGAGCAAUUCGAGGAAAUGAGCAGAAACCUGCGACACCGAUUCCCUCACUGCUUUUAUACGGCUGACGAUGACGCGUUUUGGCCGGGGCAGCUGCUGGAGAAGCUUUGUAUCUAUCUGCCCAAAUUAACCGACGCGUCCGAACGCUGAGACCUCCGUGUAACAUGUACUUUGUAAUA